AAGCACCCAUUGCUUUGCUUUGGUUCUAGGCACAGUGAGCUGCACGUUGUUCCUGGCUGUUAAUGGUCUGUAUUCGGCCAGUGAUGAUGUGAUAGAGCUAACACCAACAAACUUCAACCGGGAGGUCAUUCAGAGUGAGAGCUUGUGGCUCGUGGAGUUCUAUGCCCCAUGGUGUGGUCAUUGUCAAAGACUUACCCCUGAGUGGAAGAAAGCAGCAACAGCAUUAAAAGGUGUAGUGAAAGUAGGUGCAGUAGAUGCCGACAAGCACCAGUCCUUGGGCGGGCAGUACGGCGUCAGAGGGUUUCCAACUAUCAAGAUUUUUGGAGCCAACAAAAACAAAGCAGAAGAUUAUCAGGGUGGCAGGACAAGUGAAGCUAUUGUCGAUGCUGCUCUAAGUGCUCUUCGGUCCCUGGUAAAAGACCGUCUGAGUGGCAGAAGUGGAGGAUAUAGUUCUGGGAAACAGAGUCGAGAAAGCGGAGGUGGAGAUAAGAAGGAUGUGAUCGAGCUGACUGAUGACAGCUUUGAUAAGAACGUCCUAAACAGUGACGAUGUGUGGAUGGUGGAGUUCUACGCCCCUUGGUGUGGGCACUGCAAAAAUCUGGAGCCGGAAUGGGCAGCAGCUGCCACUGAAGUGAAGGAGCAAACUAAGGGAAAAGUUAAGCUGGCUGCUGUGGAUGCAACCGUUAAUCAGAUGCUGGCCGGUCGAUACGGGAUUCGUGGAUUUCCCACAAUCAAAAUCUUUCAAAAAGGAGAAGAUCCUGCUGAUUAUGAAGGUGGAAGAACUAGGUCUGAUAUCAUUGCUCGUGCUCUGGAUCUGUUUUCUGAUAAUGCACCACCACCCGAGCUCCUGGAGAUCGUUAGUGAGGAUGUUUUGAAGAGCAUCUGCGAUGCUCAUCAGCUCUGCAUAAUUUCUGUCCUGCCUCAUAUUCUUGACACAGGAGCCUCAGGGAGGAAUUCUUACUUGGAUGUCAUGUUAAAAAUGGCUGAAAAAUACAAGAAGAAAAUGUGGGGAUGGCUGUGGACAGAAGCAGGUGCUCAGUCAGAUCUUGAGAGCUCUUUGGGCAUUGGAGGCUUCGGGUAUCCAGCAAUGGCAGCUGUUAAUGCACGGAAGAUGAAAUUUGCCCUUCUGAAAGGAUCCUUCAGUGAGCAGGGGAUUAAUGAGUUUCUCAGGGAGCUCUCUGUUGGCCGUGGCUCUACAGCACCAGUGGGUGGUGGAGCUUUCCCCAAAAUUAAUGUAGUUGAACCUUGGGAUGGCAAAGAUGGUGAGCUUCCAGUAGAAGAUGACAUUGAUCUCAGUGAUGUGGAUCUUGAUGACUGGGAUAAAGAUGAGCUGUGAGAUCUUCAGGAACCUCUUUUCUUGGGAGAGUUUGUGCAGCGGUUGGCAACCUGGUUCACAAUCAGAUGGGAGAUUCCAGUGGCCUUUCUAUGGUGCAGUAGCACAUGAACACACCGUGCUCCUGGAUCCACUGCAGCAGGGAACUGCGCGCAUCUCGAGAAAACAUUGCAAAAAUUCUAUGAAUUGUUGUAACCGGUAAACUUGAUUGUAUUCUGUGUAACAAAUAUUUUGAGGACAACAUGGAUCUUUCUUUGAAACACCUUGGGUUUUAUUUUCUUGAGACAGUAUGUGCAUUUAAAUGUUACAGAAGGUUGUUUCGUGUAACUGAUUUUAAAUGUGUUUUUUUUUUUUUCAUUGCGAUGAAACCUGGUCAGCUUCUGUUUCAAUUAAAGAAUAAAACAAAAUAUUUUCAACACACA